UAUAUAUAUAUAUAUAUAUAUAUAUAUAAAAUGCUCUGAAUUAUGAAAUACUAACUGAUACAGAAGAUUUCUGCUAGUUGUGCAUGCUAUAGCGUAGAAUACUGUAUUCUUUGCAAUCUAAAAUAAUAAUAAUAAUAAUAAUAAAGUAAUUCUGCCAUAAAACCUUUUUUUCCCACUACCUCACUAUACCAUUUUGCUUCACAAAUCUAAAAGAUAAGAUAUUUUGGGUUACUGUAACUGAAGAUCAUCACACAUUACUGCACAAAACUGAAGCAGUCUGAUCGAGAUUUUUCUGAGUGAAUCUGACUGAUGGGGAGUAAUAACUGUUUAGUGUAGUUACCAAAUGAUCAUUGUUGCAUACUACAUGCUGCACUGAGUAACAGAGUGUGAUGUAGUGUAUGUACUGGUGCAGAAGGAGGUAUGCAGUUUACAGACCUGCUAUUUCAAACAAAGCCAGGAUCACGUUAGUGUGUUACCUGGCAACGGAUGUCUCUGCGCUGAUUGGACGACGCUGAGCAUGAGCUCACCGGAGAGAGAGAGAGAGGGAGAGGGAGAUGGUCCUUAGACUUGACUUUCAGCAUGUAAACAAUAUUCAGCCUCAUCGAAACACCUAACAAAUUAACCCAAAUUAGAGCCAAAUAACUCUACUUAUAACUCUGGGUGGGAAAAUUUGAACGUCAUCGGCCACAGCGAAACGAAGAGCGGGAUAAACAAGCGGUUAUGAGGCGCGAGCCGCAGCCGGUUGAACGGGAGAGCUAGCUAGCUUUAGCAAACCUGCCACCGUUAGCCGCAGCGCUAGUGUUCCGGAAAUAAUGGAGUUUGUCGGGAGCCAAGCUCCAUCCGGGACGGUGUUGGAGUUAGACGAGGAUGGGAGAGAGCCGGGGAUGCACACCUUCAAUCACAUGCAUAUGAGGAAAGCAUUUAGGAUCAUGAAUGACCUGAGAAGGUUCGUGCAUGGAAUUACGUUAGACUAUUUAAUGUUUCCUGUGCUGUGAAAGAUAUGUGGCAGCCUGGGAAAACCCUUCACAUGGUCACAUUUUGACAUUUUCUACAGCAUAUAGUUCUGAAAACUACUGAAAACUCUUGAACUCUCUUCAUGUGUCUCUUUUGCGUGUAUUGCAACUAGAAGUACAGUUACAGCAUUUUAAAUUCUGGUUACUCCCAACAGUGAAAAGGAGGAAAGAAACAUUUAAAGAUUUCAUUUCAAUUCCACUGAAAAAAGAAAAAAAGAUCUACUCAUGGAAAAAACAAUUACUUCCAUUUUUUUUGUUCCAAGUUUACAAUCGGAAAUGAACUCUCACUUUGAUUAUCAUUCACAUCUGACUCUGUCUCAUCACAUGAGGUAAAAUUCACUCGUGGCAUUUAAACACGAGCCUCAUUAUUGUCUUUUAAAUCGACUGAUCUCUGUUCACACUAAUAUCGGUGAGGAAAUAACCGCUGAUUAAUUCAGUCGGUUUUGUUCUGUUGGCUAAAUUUCUUAUUAUAAAUGUCUUUUUAUUAGGUCAUUUGACAUUUUAAAACUUUGUCCCUUGUUAUCUGUACAGAGUGUGUAAGCACUGUUCUCUGUUUUGAUGAUGCAAUGUUGCAGGAGCAUCACAGACAUUUUAGCCAAUAGCUGAUUACACACAUUUAUUUACAAACAUUACAAAGCUGGUUACAAAGAUUACAAUUUAUUAGUCUUAUGUCUGUUUUGAUAUGGGAGAAAAGGACACGUAUAACUAGCAAGGUUUUAGGCAGACUGACUGCAUGUACAGCUGCAUUUGUUAAACUGGCUCCUUACCUGAUCUCUUAUCUCAUCUUUGCAGGCAGAUUCCAAGGCAAGGUUAGAAAUUAGCCAAAAUAAAAAUAUUUAGGUCAAAUAUAUUUGCUUUCUUAAAAGUAGACAUUUAAAAGUAUUGUAUCUGUUUAAAAAUGACCAAACCUGAUUUUUGUUUUUGUCUGGUUUUUUUUGGCUGUUCCAGAGUUUAGUCACAGCAAACAUAUGAUGGGUUUUCUUCGACUGCUGCACAUAUGUUUAAGAUUAUAUCAAGUUUGUGUGCAGGGUUUUUGGGAGAAUUACUUCAGUUUUGUCUGGCUUUUAUUGUGAUGGAAAAGAAAGGAAAAAAUUUAUAUGUUUAUUUUGUUUCAAGAAAUUAUGAAAAAUUGAUUUGUUUCAUUUUUGCAUGUGAGCACAGCAGGAAGAUGCUUUGUGAUGUGCUGCUGGUAGCCGGUGAAGAGGAGAUUCCUGCCCAUAAAGUGGUGCUGGCUUCCUGUAGUCCCUACUUCUGCGCUAUGUUUACAGGGGAAAUGAGUGAAAGUAAGGCCACAUGUGUUGAGAUAAGGGACGUGGAUGGACAGACUCUCAGGAAAUUGGUGGACUAUAUUUAUUCAGCAGAGAUCGAAGUAACAGAGGACAAUGUGCAGGUGCUGCUGCCGGCAGCCAGCUUACUGCAGCUAAUGGAGGUGAGACAGGUCUGUUGUGAGUUCCUGCAGUCCCAGCUCCACCCCUGCAACUGCCUGGGCAUCCGUGCCUUCGCUGACCUGCACACCUGCACUGAGUUGCUCAGGCAGUCUCAUGCCUACGCUGAGCAGCAUUUUACCGAGGUCAUGUUGGGAGAAGAGUUCCUGGGUCUUUCCCUGCAGCAGGUGUGCAGUCUCAUCUCCAGUGACAAGCUGACUGUGUCCACUGAAGAGAAGGUGUUUGAAGCCAUGAUUACGUGGAUAAAGCAUGAUAAGGAAGCACGCUUAGAGCACAUGCCAAAGCUCAUGGAGCAUGUUCGCCUGCCACUGUUAUCUAGAGAUUACUUGGUUCAGAUUGUAGAGGAGGAGGCCUUGAUAAAAAACAACAACACAUGUAAGGAUUUCCUUAUUGAAGCCAUGAAGUACCACCUGUUACCUGCAGACCAGCGGCACCUGAUAAAGACAGAUAGGACUCGGCCCCGCACGCCUGUCAGUCUGCCUAAGGUGAUGAUUGUGGUAGGCGGUCAGGCCCCUAAAGCCAUACGCAGUGUUGAGUGCUAUGAUUUCCAGGAGGAUCGCUGGUACCAAGUGGCUGAUCUGCCCUCAAGACGCUGCCGAGCAGGUAUGUCUUCUCUUAAUGCCCCUGUCCUCACUGUUCGCUGCUCACACUCAGGUAGCCAUAACCCUCUAACUCUCUGUGUGUGUAUGUGUGUGUGCUGUACAGGGGUGGUAUUUAUGGCUGGUAAGGUUUAUGCAGUGGGGGGCUUUAAUGGUUCUCUGCGCGUGAGGACAGUAGACGUGUACGAUGGUGUGAGGGAUCAGUGGAGUGCUGUUCCCAGCAUGCAGGAGCGUCGCAGUACACUGGGAGCCGCCGUGCUGGGGGACCUGCUCUACGCUGUUGGGGGUUUUGAUGGCAGUACAGGCUUGUCCUCAGUGGAAGCGUACAACCCCAAGACUAAUGACUGGGUUUUUGUGGCUCCUAUGAACACCAGGAGAAGCAGUGUGGGGGUGGGAGUGGUGGAUGGUAAACUGUAUGCAGUAGGUGGUUAUGAUGGUGCAUCUCGUCAGUGUCUCAGCACCGUAGAAGAGUAUGAUCCAGUAACUAACAAAUGGGACUACGUAGCUGACAUGAGCACCAGACGCAGUGGAGCAGGUGUAGGAGUGCUGAAUGGGCAGCUGUAUGCAGCAGGGGGACAUGAUGGUCCACUUGUGAGGAAGAGUGUAGAGGUUUUUGACCCAGCUACUAACACCUGGAGGCAGGUGUGUGAUAUGAACAUGUGCAGACGGAAUGCAGGAGUAUGUGCAAUAAAUGGCCUGCUGUAUGUUAUCGGUGGGGAUGAUGGCUCAUGUAAUCUGUCCUCCGUGGAGUUCUACAACCCUGCUACUGACAAGUGGAGUCUGAUUCCCACCAACAUGAGCAACGGACGCAGCUAUGCAGGGGUGUCAGUUAUUGACAAGCUGUUAUGACUAAGAGCUGUGGUGAGCAGGAGCUCGCUGACUGAAGUGAAGGGCCGAGGUAGACAUACCGUCAUUUAAAGCUGCUCUGUGGGAGGAGUGUCUCUCUGCCCUGGUCACGCUGAGCCUGUGCUCACCAUGAUGGUGUGUAAAUCAUGCCAGAUUGACCGCUAAAAUGCCCUCACAUGCUCUUGAAAUGUGCCAUCUGCUUCUGCUGAUUAUCAGAGGCCACAAAUCAUCAGUAAAAAUGGCCUGGCUGGAGUGAGCAGGGUUUAAAGGGCGGGCAGAGUGAAGUGAAGCGGUCGUUCAGCCUGGCACGCAGCGUUUAAACCGCAGGUACAGCGUGUACCACCCCUCUGCUCUACUACUGAUUUACAACACACUGUAAAGCCAAUUCUGGCAUCCAGGCACCAUGCAAAUUCUAAGGCUGAAAUGGGUCUGUGCUCUGCAGCCUAGCUAUAAUAUAUAUCCUCCAUCACAGCCUUCAGCCUCAACACCACUACUGCGAGCUGGAACAGCUUGCACCACUGAAUAUCAUCAGUUAAACUUGGAGCAGGACAAGGUGUUAUUCUGGUCAUGUUCUCAAACUCAUUUUGAUAUUCAUUACUCUUUCCAUUUUUCAGCUUAACAGGGUUUAUCAUGGAAUAGAUGUACUGUAGAAGCAACUCUGCAAAGCAACUAAUCGAAGUGUGGUUGUAGCCAGCUGCUUUUGUGCCAUAAUGUGUUUAAUAUUUUGCACAUCUGUGCUGGGGCACAGAGAAACAGGUCAUUAACACUAUAGGGAAAUGUGUCAAAUGAAUGUCAAUACUCUGCAAAUACGCACUUUUAUCAGGCAGACCUGUCCACUAAUACACUGAGGAGCCAGUUUAUUAGGUGCACCAAUCUUUUAUCGUUUUAUAAGGCGAAUCGAGAUAAAUAUCAUAUUACCAGGUAUCAAGGUAUGGAGACAUGCAGAAGAAUGUUGUAGGCAUAUACAGUAUUAUCUUAAAAUGAAGUCAGGUCAGGGAUAGAAACGAUACCCACCAUGUAUAUGUUGUCCAGAUAUACGUGAAAGAGCUGAUCUGUUAGCUGUGUUGGUAAAUACCAAGUUGCCAGAGGUGCCAGCAUGUACAAUUUAGCUCUAUCUCCCCCCCCUCCCCCCCCCCCCC